UGUCCUGCCCUCCUUGGAAAGAGUGAAACCAUGGUUUGGUGUUAAAAAGGUCUUUCUGCCAUCAAUAAUUCUGUGUUCUCUGCGCAAUGUCUUUCCUGUGGUUGCUGUCCUGCGUUGCCUUCUUUAGUGCAGCCUACGGCUGCGGCGUUCCUGCCAUUCCUCCAGUUGUCAGCGGCUAUGCUCGCAUUGUGAAUGGUGAGGAGGCAGUUCCUCACUCCUGGCCCUGGCAGGCCUCUCUGCAGGACUUCACUGGCUUCCACUUCUGUGGUGGCUCUCUGAUCAGUGAGUACUGGGUUGUGACUGCUGCUCACUGUGAUGUGAGAACUAGUCAUCGUAUAAUCUUGGGAGAGCAUAACAAGGGAAGCCUCAACACCCAGGAGGACACGCAGACAAUGAGAGUAUCACAAGUGUUCACUCACCCUCAGUGGAACCCUAACACCAUAGAGCAUGACAUUGCCUUGAUCAAGCUGACUGAACCAGUCUCACUGAACUCCCAUGUGUCUCCUGUCUGUCUUGCUGAGACUUCAGACCAGUUUGCCUCUGGCAUGAUCUGUGUGACUUCUGGCUGGGGAGUGACCAAAUACAAUGCUCUGUUUACCCCUAAUGAGCUGCAGCAGGUUGCUUUGCCUCUGUUGUCCAACCAGGAAUGUAUGAACCACUGGGGAAGCAACAUCCAUGAUACAAUGAUUUGUGCAGGUGCUGCUGGUGCCUCUUCUUGCAUGGGUGAUUCUGGUGGUCCUCUGGUGUGUCAGAAGGCUGAUGUCUGGACUCUGGUGGGUAUCGUGUCCUGGGGAAGCAGCCGUUGUGAUACCAGCAUUCCUGGUGUGUAUGCCCGUGUCACUGAGCUCCGUGCCUGGGUGGAUCAGAUUCUGGCUUCCAACUAAAUAAACUAAAUAUAAAGAUACUCCUUUGCAUCACAAAACAGCAUCAUUUUGAGAGCCACCGAAGACUGUGAAUAGCAGUGGUUUCACCACAGGUAAAACCAGUGUAACUGUGGUAAAACCACAGUUAUGAGAAGCUUGUUACUUCUUUUUAAAGAAGUUCUCCAACAGUUCAAUAAAUAUACAACAU